CUUGAUGGGCUGAAGAAAUCAGAGCAGGCCCGCCCAACUCCAAUGCCUAAUUAAGUCCAUUGAUUCAUUUCUUAAACCUUUACUGGUCGCCUACGUCAUCUCCGUCUCCUCUCCUCUCCUCGACUCAAUUCUGCUAUUUUGCCUUAAACCUUUACCGCUCUGCUCUCUGGGUUUAACGGCUUUCUCAUUCCGGCUAAUUUGCUGAGCUACUGAACCGAAAAUGGUGAGGCCGUUUGGGGUGAAGGGGAAGAAGAGGAAGAGGAAAGAGAAAUAUGACAGAGAUGAAGAAGAAGAAGGUGAAGAAGUCGCAGAGCCCACGGUUCAGGAAACGGCGAAGGAAGCUGCUGUAGAGGAGGAGGAGGAGGAGGAGAAGGAAGCUGGGACUGCAGCUGACGAAAUGGCUGGCAUCCCGAUCGUUCAGAUUGACCAACAGACCAAAAAACCUGGGGUCAUUUUCGUGCUGGAGCGGGCUUCUUUGGAAGUUGCCAAAGUUGGUAAGACUUACCAGAUAUUGAAUUCGGAUGACCAUGCCAAUUUCCUAAAGAAAAAUAACAAAAAUCCUGCUGAUUACCGGCCCGACAUUGUUUAUCAGGCUCUCCUGUCAAUUUUAGAUAGCCCGCUGAACAAGGCUGGGAGGUUGCGAGCUGUAUAUGUGAAAACUGAUAAAGGUGUUCUUUUCGAAGUCAAACCAAAUGUGCGUAUACCAAGGACGUAUAAGCGUUUUGCUGGCAUAAUGUUGCAACUGCUUCAGAAGCUCAGUAUAUCUGCUGCGGGCAAAAGGGAGAAGCUUUUGCGUGUGAUAAAGAAUCCAGUAACCCAGUACCUUCCAGUCAGCUCCCGCAAAAUAGGGUUUUCUUACAGCUCGGAUAAGUUGGUGGAAAUGAGCAAGUAUGUGGGGACAGUGAGCAGUGAUGCUGAUCUUGUGUUUGUGGUUGGUGCUAUGUCUCAUGGGAAAAUCGACUGUGAUUACAUUGAAGAUUUCAUAGCCAUUUCUGGGUACCCGCUGAGCGCUGCGUGGUGUAUCGCAAGGAUCUGUGAGGCUCUUUCGAAUAAAUGGGGCGUCGUUUGAAAACAAAUUAUACAACCUUGCUUUCUUUCCUGAUGCCUUUACUCCACAUUCAGACUCUGUACUGAUGGUUUUGUCGAGUGUAUUCGAGUCGAUGUAAUUUAAGAAAUAUAUUGUUUUUCAUAAACGUUUGAUCGUGUAUUUGAGUGUAAUUAAAACAAUAUAUUUAAUCUCAAAUACAAUGCCAAUCCCAUAUACGAGUGUGGAUGGCCCUUUUAGAUUCUUAACUCAGGAAAGAGGGAAAGGAUUAUUGCAAGAUCAGAACAUGAAGCAAAAGCAAAGCACAAAAGUGUGAUUCUUAUCAAUAUAAACUGAGCCAACGAUGGAGCAAAAUAACCAUCCAUUUCAUAUUCUGUUAUCUUUCUUUUUUGUCAAGCAUGGAGAAAAUCAUGAUGAUGGCCUCUGGAUUUGCCAUGAAGGAUGUGUCUUCUUCAAUCCCCCAUGCAGAGCUUUUGGGUGUGCUUGUCACCAUCAUCUCCGUCUCUAUUGCUCUUGCCUACCAUUACAGCAAAACAAAACCCAAAAGGUGCAUAGACCCUGAGAAAUUCCAGGAGUUCAAGCUGGUUAAGAAAACAGCAGUGAGCCACAAUGUUGCCAGAUUCCGGUUUGCUCUUCCUACUGCGAAAUCCGUCCUGGGUCUUCCUGUUGGGAAUCACAUCGUUUGCAGGGGAAAGGAUGCUGAAGGUCAAGAAGUUACUAAGCCAUACACCCCAAUCACUCUGGAUUCAGAUUUCGGCCACUUUGAACUUGUAGUGAAAAUGUACCCACAUGGAAGGAUGUCUCACCAUUUCAGGGAAAUGCACGAAGGCGACUCUCUGGCAGUGAAGGGACCUACGGGUCGUUUCGUCUACAAACCGGGCCAAGUUAGAGCUUUUGGGAUGAUUGCUGGAGGAUCUGGCAUUACCCCUAUGUUCCAGGUGACUCGGGCCAUAUUAGAGAACCCGAAAGACAAAACAAAUCUAUCCUUGAUCUAUGCCAACACAACAUUUCAGGACAUCCUGUUGAAGGAAGAACUUGAUGGUUUUGCUAGGAAAUUCCCCAGCCGUUUCAAUGUGUACUAUGUGCUGAGCCAGCCACCAGCUGAGGGAUGGAACGGUGGUGUUGGUCGAAUAACCAAGGAUAUGAUAAGAAGCUAUUGUCCAGCUCCAGCUUCUGACAUUCAGGUCCUAAGGUGUGGACCAUCAGGCAUGAACAAGGCAAUGGCUGCUCAUCUGAACGAGCUUGGAUACACAGCAGAUAUGCAGUUUAAGUUCUAGAACUGAUUUCUUAUUUUCUCAGUAAUAUGUAUACAAAUCAUUUCAUUCUAUUCAUCCUACAGAAUAACAAAUUUGAAUAUCUUAAACCAAUUCAGUGAGUGUCAAAUACUAACAUUCUGCAUAAUAAAAGGUUGCCUGAGCUCUGGAGAGUGGAAGUCUCUGUUUCCUUGUUAAUAGGGAUAAGUCAUCAGUUGUCUGCACAUAAGUUUCUCAUAGGAUAUUCCGGUCACUAAUCUGGCAUGGCAUUCUGGAGAUGACUACCAUAUCCUAAUAAUUUAGAUGGCUACAAUAAUUACAACUAGACAGAAGACAAACUCGUACCGGUUUAGUUCUAGGAGCCAGAACACUAGGUUCAUUUGUCAAUGAUUGAUUCUACCUCUUCAGCUAUGAAGUUUCAUUUCUCCAAAAAUGCUAGAAUAUCUGCUGCAAUGUGGAAGUGUCUCCUGAUGCAUGGACUCUAUGGGAACCAAUCUAUGUAAAGCUGGUUAACCCCUGGCGACUCUAGCCUUUGUUGGAAGAGGCCUUGGUUCGAAUGUCAUGGGACAACUCUUCACGUACAAGUCCUAUCUCCCAAAUGGAUGGCCAUUCCGAUCCCGGAUGAGCAAUGUUGUCAGUUGACAACAUGCCACAUCUGCAAGAAUCUUUAUGCUGCUGAAUUUUUCUCAGUUUCCUGCUCCCUGUUUUUCCCCUGCCUUUUCCUGCAGCGAAUGAUGUGAUUAGUGAUUUGGGCCUGUCAUAACCAUCUUCAUUUUUCCGAGGUUUUGGUUUGCCAGCAGACUGCCUAGUUUCUGGUUUCCAGUUCGCCUUGGUAAGAGAUUGACCCAACAAAUCAGCAAUGUCUGUUGCCAUAGCUUCAGCCUUCUUCCCAUGUGGGAAACUUUCAUAGUCAAACUGAUGAGACAACCAUAGAUACAUCGACAGAACUUGAUGUUUUGUCUCCAGGUCCAGGAGCUCAGUGUCAUUCCUAGCAGAACCUUUAGGCAUCCCCAUUGCUAUACUAGCAGGUACUUUCUGACCGUAGUCCGAAGCAAACCUUAGAAGAUGAUACAUUGAUUUUGGGUCCCUAAUAUUAGUCGGAGCAAAACAAAAGUUGAAACGAUCUUGCAGAGACAAACCCUUAACCUUCUCCAGCAUAUUUGCUACCUUCUUUAUAUGAUCAUGCUUACAAAAGAAGUACAUUCCAUCAAGACGGCAACUUUCAGCAAACUUUGCCAGAAUCUUGGGGAAAUUAAGAUCAGGAAGUUGCGCUGCGAAUGAUUCAACCUGCUCAAAGAAAGGAAAGAGUCCCACUUUCUUAACUUCGUCAAAAGGUUGCUUUAAGCACUCGAUAAGGUAGGCAAGAUCAUCUAAUUGCAAGGUUGUGGUGAGUCCAACUGGGAAGCGACUUCCUCUCCUGCCAGCUCUUCCUGCAAUCUGCUUGACCUGGGUUGCUGGAACAGGUACAACUUUGUCGCCAUUGUAUUUGGAGAGAUUGUAAAAGACAACUCUUCUGAUAUUUAGAUUCAAACCCAUUCCUACUGCAUCACUUGCAACCAAUACAUCAAACUCAUUGUCCUGGUCAUUGAAUAAGUUAGCUUGCUGUCGGCGAGUCUCGGGAGGCAAUGCACCAUAAAUAACACAACAUCGAUGGUUAGUGUUUUUCUCAAUGGCCAACUUCACCUCAAAUAUUUCUCUUCUUGAAAAUGCAACAACACAGUCCCCAGACUUGACAUUUUUCAGAUCUCCCAACAAUGUUUUGGCUUCAACCUCCAACUUCUUGAACCGCUCGCAAUGGUGUACUUCCAACUCAUCUCCAGUUUCUGCACAAAUCUUUCUCACAAUGUCAAGCACACUUGGAUCGCCACAUAGAUGAAUUUCAUCAGCCUUCACCCCCAGCAAUGCUCUUGUCCAGGCAAAGCCUCUGGUUGCGUCUGCCAUCAUCUGGAUCUCAUCAAUAACCGCUACAUCAUACAUCUCAUCAACAGACACCAUUUCUAUAGUACAAGCAACAUGGUUCGCAAAAGGAACCCGUUUCUUCUCUUGCCCAGUGAGAAGACUACAAUAAACCCCAUGGGAAUUCAUCUUAUCAAACACCUCCAUAGCCAAAAGCCUUAACGGACCGCAAUAAAUACCCUUUUUCGCUUCCUUAAAUCGCUGCAACGCCUCGUAUGUCUUGCCACUGUUUGUCGGCCCACAAUGGUAUACGAUCCUACGUUUCAUUGCCCUAGCAAAAGGAAACCAAGUGUGCGGCUUUGUAAGGUCCGCUUUCGAAAUCAUAGCCUCGAAGCUCUUCAUCUCAUCAGUGAACUCUUCUAGACAAUAUUCAGCAAAUAUGGGGAAAAGGAACCUAACAGCAUCAUCACAGGGACCAAGCGACACCAAAUAAAGCCCAAGAUCAGCAGAACACUUAUCCAAGACAAACUUCCUAAACUUCUGAACAGCUGUAGGAAAAAACGACAUGCCAAUAUAAAAUGCAAGGGCCUGGUUAGCUGCCCAACCUGAAUUUGCAAAGUAAGAGAACACAUCCUGGAUUGUUUCCCAGUCAGACCGUCUCAUCUGAUCAUUCUUCUCAGCCAUCCUAAGCUCCCUAUACAAUUCUAUCGGAUCACAUAACGCCAUAUUCCUCUUGACAAUAGUGUUCUCACUGGCAUGAGCAUCAUCAAUGUGAUCCUGGCGCACAUCUCUACCAUCAACAUAAUCAAUCCCCUGGCUUAACACAUUCUUGCUCCCUCCCCCAAAACCAACACUCACAUCAACGUCCACACUGGUACUCUCAUCGCUGUUCCCACCAUCCCCAUCCUGCCCGGACGUUGAAAACAAUCCCACAUCAAUUCGAUUAAAGCUGCCAACUUUAGAGCACUUCAAUGGAGACCCAGAAACAAUUAUCUGCAGCUCGAUCAAACCAGUAAAGAUUUGACGAGAAGGAAAGCCAAACGAGGGGCAAACAUGGCGACCAACUGAUGAUGCCCUGUUGUCGAAUUGCCUCAAAGAACGCAAAUUUGGUACAGAAACGAAACCCCUGGUCCUGGAACCGGCGGGUUUCGACUUACAAAACCGCAAAAGAGAUGAAACGCAGCCCCGCGCCAUAGUCCUUCUUCGAAAUUCACGAACAGAGAACUAGACAUUAAGCAUGCGCGCGAAGCUUCAGAUACCUGAAGAGCAAUCUCGGCGUUCAAUUGACUUCCGUGAAAACCCGAAUAGAAGUGAGGGCGAUGGACGGGUGGUCAAUACCCGUCAACCAAAAAACAUGAACUUCCACAAAUGGGCCGUUAGUUUCAUGG